AUGGCCGACUUCACGGACAAGCUGCGACCUGCCGAGCCUCAAGGGCCGAGUAUCCUGGCCCAAGAACGAGCAGGAUCAAACGUCAAUGUCAAGGCGCUGUCACAACACUUGCUUUCGCGCAAUGACUUUCUCAAUCGACAGAAGAGGAUUCUCGCCAUACUGGAGCCGCUUCCCAUCUUCUGUAAGAAGAACCAGCUCAACAUGGCCAGGCCAGACCGGUACCACCUCGGCCUCGCUCGAGCAAAGGCACUGAGGAGAUUGUCGUUGAAGCACGGUUGGGACCGAGACGACUACGUGAUGGCGGACUAUCUGAUGGACGAGAUGGGCCCGUACGCCCUGCAGGCCACCAUGUUCCUCACGUCGCUCCGGGAGCAAUGCAACGACGAGCAGAAAGCGUACUGGCUCCCCAAGGCAGAGAACUGGGAGAUCAUCGGAUGUUACGGACAGACCGAGCUUGGCCACGGUAGUAACGUCAAGGGGAUCGAAUGUCAAGCGAAGUGGGAUCCUCAGACCAAGGAAUUCAUCAUCCACAGCCCUACCAUUACGGCCAGCAAGUGGUGGAAUGGCGCCCUGGGCCGAACUGCCAACCAUGCCAUCGUCGUCGCUCAAUUGUUGCUGCCCGACUCGAAGACGGGGAAGUACAGAUCCUACGGCCCACACCAGUUCAUUGUCCAGAUCCGGGACAUGAAAACCAACAAGCCUCUGGACGGCAUCGUCAUCGGCGACAUCGGCCCCAAGUACGGCUAUCCCGGCAUGGACAACGGCUACAUGCUGUUCGACCACUUCAGGGUGCCUCACUCUGCGCUCCUCUCCAAGUACUCCGGGGUCGACCCUGAAAACGGCACGUACAACAAGCCCGAGAACCCGGCCGUCGUCUACGGCUCCUUGACCUUUGUGCGGGCUCAGAUCAUCAUGCACGCGCGCCUCGUCCUGGCGAGAGCCGUGACUGUCGCGGUCCGGUACCUGUCGAUCCGUCGACAAUUCUCGGAUCGCGACGCGAAGGACCCCGGCGCGCCCGAGCAAGCCGUGCUCAACUACCCGACGGUGCAGAUCCGCAUCUUACCGCUGCUGGCCACGACCUUUGCGCUGCAUUACACGGGAGAAGCCAUGUACAAGCUCUAUUGGGGCACGCGCGAGCAGAUCGAGAAGACGGGCGACUUUUCGCGGCUCGCCGAGAUGCACGCCGCCUCGUCCGGCUUGAAGUCGCUCUGCACGACGCUCGCGGCCGACGGCAUCGAGACCUGCCGCAGAGCCAUGGGCGGGCACGGCUUCGGCGGCGGCAGCGGCAUGAUCGCCCUCAACAACGAGUACCUCUCCAAGCCGACCGUCGAAGGCGACAACUGGAUGAUCACGCAGCAGACGGCCGCGUAUCUGAUCAAGCGUAUGGGCGCCGUGAUCGACAAACCCAGCCUAAAGCCGACCGACUCGGUGGACGAGCAGUUCCAGGACUAUCUCCGGAACACGCGGUCGUACAAUACGCGGGCCAGCAACCUGGACAUUGUCGGCUACCCGAUCGAGCUGGUGCGCGCGUUCAAGCAGCGGGCGUCGUAUUUCUCCUAUCAAGCCUACCAGGCGCGCGUGGUCGAGAAGAAGCCGUGGACCAGCAUGAUGCUCCAGCUGCACAAGCUGAGCCGCGCGCAUUCCGAGUCCCUGCUGGUGUCGAACUUCUACGACGCCGUCUUCACCGACACACCCAGCCCGCCACUCGACGGCGCGACGCUGGAUGUGCUGAGGGUGCUCUUCCGCCUGUUUGCGCUGUUCACGCUCGACGCCUCGGCCUCGGAAUUCCUGCUGGCCAAGGCCCUGACGGUCGACAUGCUGCAGCACGUGGCUCCCGCGAUCCAGGACCUGAUGGCCCAAGUGCGUCCGCACGCCGUGGCGCUGGUGGAUGCGUGGGCCAUCCCGGAUUACGUGCUCGAGAGUGCGCUGGGCAGCUACGACGGCGACGUGUACAACCGGUUGUUCCACAAGGCGCACAAGGAAAACCCGCUGAACCUGGUCACUUUCAACCCUGACUGGAGAAGCGAGGAGAUCGUCAUGGGCGAGGGCGAGGAGAAUGCGAGGACGAGACUCGAGGCUCUCGCUCUGGGAGUCACGGCGAAAGAUCACGAGCGGGCAGCUGGCGCGGUCAAGGCAAGGCUAUAG